UAUUAAUGGUUUGAUAUCUGUGUGACCACAUGUGAAACUAAUAAUUUCGCACUAAACAAGAGCCAAUUUUUAGUCAGGACCAACAAAGUUACUCCUUUUCUAGUGGAAACCAAUAGGCCACCACAAUAUUUUUUUUACAGGAUAUUGCACCCAAAACACUGAUUUUAAGCAUUUUUCUAUCUAUAUAUAUAUAUCAUCUUCGCAUUGUUUAAAAAAUAUAUAUAUCAUCUUCGCAUAUGAAUCAUAGUAUAUGAUAAUAUUUAGAUGAACCGGAUAUAAAUACAUGUCUAGUACAUAUAUAGUUGAUGCUGUCAUUCAUUUAGGUAAAUGGAAUAUAUAUAGUAAAAUAUAUUGAAUUCAGCUAGUUAUAAAAUAACAUUCUUUUUUACUGUCCACCUGUUUUAUUUAUUUUUAACAUAUUAUAUGGCUUCUAUUUUUUUUGUCAAUUAUAUGGCUUCUAUUUACAGCGUAUAACUAUUACUUUAUAUAUUAAGUUACAAAAAUUAUUACUAUUUUUAAUUUCCAUCUAUUCUUUUAUAGUAUUUAAGUAAAAUAAAAUACUAUAGUAGUUAGCUUAAAUAAAGAUAAAUUUGUUAACUGUAAAUAAGUUUAAAAUAUUUUCAAAGAAACUCAAAAAAUACUAUAACGGUUAGUUUAAAUAAAUAUAACUUUGUAACUGUAAAUAAGUUCGAAAUAUUGUUAAAAAAAACUCAAAAAUAUUUUAGUUUGAAACGCAUAGAGUGUCUUAAAAUGUGAAACUGGUAAAGCUACUUCAUAUAUAGUUUUUCACUUUUUAUCAUGGGAAUUUAUCAUCAUGUGUUAAUAAAGAUAGUAUUUACGAGGAAAUGUUGAAACAAAAAGAGAUUGGGGGUUCUUUGAUCAAAUUAAAAAAAUAAAAAGAGAUUGGGGUUCUUUUGCAAAAAAAGAAAAAGAAGACUGGGGUUGAUCUUACUUGUAUCAUCGUGAGAUACAUGCUCGUUUUCAAUUAUUUUAUUUUGCUUAACUAGUCAAACUUCCAAUUCUUUCUUAUAUGGAUGUUAUUCUUGCACUAAGGUGGCGAUGUUCACUUUAUUUUAGUCCAUACAAUCAUAUCCCCCUCUCUCCAUUAUCCUAUGUAAAGCAUUUAUAUUUUCGGCAAUCCCUCAUCUAACGUGGAUUACAUAAAAGCAAAACCUUUUAUGACAGAUACAUGUUCAUUAGAUUAUAAACUUAGAUGUUUUUGCUAUCUCACUAUUUCUCAAGUUCAUACUAACAAGUCAACAACUGAUACGUAAAGGUUCCAUAGUAUAUUGUUAUUUGCAAUAAAUUAAAUAUAAUAUACUAUAUAAUUUUCCAGUGGUAUGUAUUACAAUAUAUUAAAAUCAUAUUUAUCACAUAAUUCGCUAAAUAUAGAAAUUCAUAUUGUUUUUGUUAUCUAUGCCAGAAAUGAGUUACUUAUCAUCAUUUGAAGUGCCAUGUGAAUGUCGGAUCGAUAUUGCGUGUAACACAAUACGCGUCCUGACUUAAAUGGCCAUUGACAAAAGAAGUAUCUAGUUCGUCCUUUUAAGCAUAAUGUCCGCAUUAAAAUCACGAAAUAAAAGAAGCAUAGUAUCAUUUUAUUUUUAUUUGACUAAAAUUUAGAAUAUCAUUCUAUUCAUACUCUUGACGAAAAUCGGGUGUGAUCCUGUAUUUAAUUCCGUAAUAACAAUAGAAACAUGUAAAACCUAUUUGACACUUAAAACUUUUACAGCGAGCAAUAAGAGAUCUAACAAUGGAAGUCGAUAGGUGGUCACUGUAGUUUGUCACCGUGUCAACUGAGCUAUUGCCCACUGUGCAUUCAGAGUCGCAGACACUGCGAGAAAGACCAUGACUAAAUUGCAUGUAUGGUUAAUUGAUUGCAUUCACAUAAAUAAAACAAAAGAGACUGCGAGAAAAAGACCGUAAAGAAAUUGCGUCAAUUAAUUUGAUUGUAUUCACAUUAAUAAAAACAACAGAGACUGCGACAAGACCAUUAGACCAUACCACAUAUAGAUGACAUCAACGAGAAAGUCAUCUUUUCUUGAAUUUUUUUUGUAACAUCUUUUCUUUUCUUGAAUUGUAUUUUAAAAUUUUCUGUGAAUACGCAGCUACACAUAUCACAAUUUUUGUAAUACACUGAUUGACACAAGUAUUUGUUUGACUUGUAAUAUUAUGUUUUCCCGCACAAGUUUACAUGAUUUUUUUUUACAAAAAAAAAAAGUUUACAUGACUUUGACCAAAUCAUUUUUCUUAUAAUUCCACUAAACUGAUAAUAUCCAGCUAGAGGAUUUUACUAUAUAGAUCUGGUUAUAGGUUCUAGUACUGUUUAAUUAACUCGUGUACACACUAGAUAAGAGUAUAGCUAAAGAUACACGACACUUCAUCACAUUUUGAAUAUCCAACGCCUUCUUUUUGGGGUCGAAUUAGCACCUUCUUAAACAGCUCACUAUUUUCGCCAGAUUUUUGGUUAAUUAUCAAAUAUUUAUAUAAGCAAUUGCAACCAAAUCAUAUCCGGUAGUUAAGUUUCACAAGUUACCACCGUAUGUAGGCUAGGGUUAACCUGUUGUGUUUCUAAUUCAAGCUCACAUAAAGAGAAUGCUUUACACCGUGUUUCUAGUAUUAGCAAAGACUGGUUUUAAGCAUAUAUAGGAAAAGAUUAGGGUCCAAGAACCAACUCUUCCUACUUAAUAAGAAAAAAAUUUCACAUAACUUGUAUUUCAGUUUGAUGUCAGUAUAUACUGUCAAAACAUAACACUAUUUAAGAAGAUUCACAAAUAAUUACAGAUUUUAUUGUUUUUGAAUUAAUAUAUUGAUUUAAUUAUAUGAAUCAAAAGUUGUUUUGUAGUUAUAUUGAUCAGAAAGUUCAAAAACACUAAUUUCCUUUAUUGGUACUGUGAAACAGAAUUGGGCACACUACCUAAACUAACUUCUAGUAAUAGUAUACUCCUUCCAUUUUUUAAUAUUCGUUUUAGAACUGUGCAUACAAAAAUCAUUGAUUUUUUAUAUUUACUAUACAAAAACAUGAUUAGUUAUUUAUCUAACUAUAAAUCAACCAAUAACAAAAUAAAAAGUAUAUUAUUAUUGGUCAUAUAAUAUUAAAUAUUAAUAAAUUUUACAUACAAAACCAAAAACAUCAUAUAAUUUGAAAUAUAUAUAUAUUUUUUAAAAUAUAUAUUUAAAAAAAAACGGAAAGAGUAUUAAUUAUAGAACGCUGCACGUUUGUGGUCGUGGCAUUAUCUGAUAAACUAUUAAUUAACGCAAACUACCAAUUAUUGUUUUGUCUGUGCAACAAAUACAGUAAGUAGAACUUAUUAUACGUGUUAUCGUCUAUGCAUGUACACGUAACACUCGAAUAUGUAAACAACUACUGCCUACCUGUAAUCGUAGUAUCCAACAGUGGUUAAUUUGCAGACACCGGCACUAAUUAAUCCAUCAAUGAAUCAACAUACUAGUAUUAAUUAACGGAUCGAAAUAUAUUAUAGAUAAAUUGAUUAUUUAUUAUAUACGGUGUGGUGCUUUGGAAAUUGGGAUAUAGAUUGAAUUCAGAUAGACUACCCACAUAUUGUUGAUGACGCCAUCUCAUACCAAUUGGCGUUCUUCUGUGACUGAUAUAGUCAGUUUUUCUUUCUUGCUCGAAUUAGUUAACUGAUAUAUCUGGUACAUGAUAGUAACAUAUGAAAUUUUAAAUUUCUGAUUGUUGAAGGUUAGUUUAAUGUUUGGACAAGUGGAUACGAAUUCUGUUUAGUCAAUUUCAAGCUUGAGUUAGGGUCUACUUGUUGCUAAUCAAGUAGGAAACCUAAAAUCUAAGAGCCAGCAUUAAUAUCGAAGUGCUUCUCCGGUAGAUUUUUUCAAGCCUCAAAGUAAGAUAUGGCUACUAACGGGAUGGUCGUUGGUGGAUUGAGUAUUUUGACAUCCUCUGAUUUGCUAAUGAAAUGAAACGAGCAUCAGCAAAAGGUUCACAACAAUAACCCAUGAGACAAAAUAGUCAAAUUAAGCCACUGCGAACAAGCACAGUUGAUGAGAAACUUCGAUGAAAAAGCUAGAGCACAACACAACACCAAUGCUCUACCAGAUGCCUCAUCGCCACAGCCCGCAAGAAAUGAAGAUUCAAGCAAUGCGUAUGUAGCAGCAGCCAGCAGCACGGGCAUUGAUGUCGAUAGGACCUGGAGGGAAUAAUAACGAUAAUCACAAACAUUGAAAGUUCUAGUAUUUAAAAAAGUAAUAUUGUGCUUUCAUACUAUAUAGAAAGUUGGAAUAAGAUGAAAUAUUUUUCAUUAGUUGUAACUUGUAACUGUGGACAAAGUUAACUAUAUAUAUAUAAGUAUUUCCGCUCCUCUGCUCCUACUAAUGUAUAAAAAUGCAUGUAUUAUGUACAUGCAUGUAUAACUUGACUCCUAAUAUAGUUUCCAUUCUUUGAUUCUCCUGCAAAACAAUCCUUCUAGUGUUCAUGUAUUCCCAACAGCCUGAUUUGGUCUUACAUCUCUAAAUAUUAGUUGAAAACUAACAUUGAUCGUCUAAUUAUUUAUUAGUAGAUUUCAAAUAUACAUUGCAGUUAAUAUAUUUGAAAAUGUUCUUUUAAGUUAGAAAUAACGAAAGCUUUCGGAAUGGAUUAACUACAUAAAGAAUAAACACGGAAUCUACAAUAUCUGUAGGUUAGAAUCUGAUAAUGUUGGUCAACUUUUCCAGUGUCAUUUGCUUAAAAUAGAAAGACAUAAGUCAAAGGAACAACCAAUCUUGUGAGUUGUCUAAAAGACUUGUGUUGUGUCCAGAAAAACAAACACUGUCAGUUUCCUAUCUCUCUCUCCUCAAUGUUAUUUAUAAAUCUUUUUUAUUUCUUGUUUUUUCAGUUGUAACUUACACCGUAAAUCACCAAAGUUACCGCUUCUCUUCUUUUGUUGCUUAUCCCUCUUUGUCAUCAUUUCUAACAGAGGAAACUGUAAAUAAAAGAGGAUCAGAAAAUAUUUUCACCAAGGCCAACUUUGAGGGGUGAAGAUCACUCUGUUGGUCUCACCUUUCUCAAACCCCUUACAAAAUAAUCAGUGGUGGAGAGAACACAAAACAUAUGAUCCUGUACGGAGUAGGAACAGGGAAUGAUGGUGGAUCUACCAAUCACAUAUCAGACGGAGGAGGAAGAGUUGCACUGAAGAAAGGGCCAUGGACGGCGGCAGAAGAUGAGAUACUUGCGGCGUACGUUAGAGAGAACGGUGAAGGAAAUUGGAACGCCCUUCAGAAACAUACAUGCCUUGCUCGUUGCGGCAAAAGCUGCCGUCUCCGUUGGGCCAAUCACCUCCGGCCUAAUCUCAAAAAAGGCUCUUUCACAGGUGACGAAGAACGUCUCAUUAUCCAGCUUCAUGCUCAGCUUGGCAACAAAUGGGCUCGUAUGGCCGCUCAGGUACAAACAACUAAUAUUUCUCUAUUAUGAAAAACUUCAUUUGUUUCACAUUGUAUAAAAAUUCAAAAUUAAUAAACUUACCUGAAAAUUAUUGAUAAUAUAAAUUUAAAGUGAAUUAACCAAUCAUGAGUAAUACCGUAAAAUGUUAUUAAUCAAUUAAUUUCAAUAAUUUCAAAGCUAUAUUAAAAGUAUCAAAGCAUUUCAUAUUGAACACCAUAUCUUUUCUAAAACAUUUUACAUUGUGAAACUGAUAGGAGCAGUUGUUGUUACCCAUGCUAUGCGAGAAAAUUAAAAAAAAAACUAAUCAUUUCUGCGUUUUUUUUGGUUAAAUAGUUACCUGGACGAACAGAUAAUGAGAUCAAAAACUAUUGGAACACGAGAUUGAAACGCCUUCAACGCCAAGGACUUCCUCUUUACCCUCCAGAUGUCAUCCCUAAUCAUCAGCUCCAUCCACAUCCACAACAUCAACAUCAACAGCAAAAUCAACAUCAACAAAUGUAUUUCCAUCCACACUCAUCACAGCCCAACACACCAUCAUCUUCUCCUCUUCCAUCUCCAACACAACUAAACGCUAAUCCCUCAUCAUCUUUCACUUUUCAUACCACAAACGCAUCAACCGCUAAUCUCCUCCAUCCUCUAAGCCCUCACACUCCAACCACACCGCAAACGCCUUCUCAGCUCUCUUCCAGGCCACCUCCACAGCCACUUUCAUCUCCUUUAUCUUCCCCUCUCAACAACCAAUACCCGACUCUUCCUCUUUUCAACAACAAUAACAAUAAUACUAACUUUACUUUCCCUAGACCUCCACCUCUCCUCCAACCGCCUUCAUCGCUCCUUGCCAGACGCUACAACAAUUCUAACACUCCUCUCAAUUACACCAACCGUGUUUCAACCGCACCAUUUUCUCCUGUUUCAAGAGACUCUUACACUUCCUUUCUCACAUUACCUUAUUCUUCCUCUGCUGCUCCAAACACUCAACCCAUUACUUACCACACUAACAAUAAUUAUUCAUCGUUCUCAUUAAACCCUUCAUCUUCGUCAUAUCCUACAACAACUUCUUCCCCAAGCUUUCUUCACUCCCACUACACUCCUAAUUCUUCUUCCACCUCAUUUCAUACCAACCCGGGUUACUCCAUGAAGCAAGACCUCCCUUCAAACCAAAUCCCUCAGAUAUGUGCUUUUAAUAAUGUCAACAACUUCAUAGACAAUGAGAAAGGUCUUCACAGACGAAGUAUAAGCUGCAGCCUCUUAGAGGAUGUCAUGGAAGAGGCUGAGGCUCUAGAUGGUGGAGGCGGGGGCCGACCUCCUAAAAGGAGACAACUAACAUAUUCUCCUCUAAACAAUCACCACAACAACAAUGACAAUGACUUCUUCUCAGUCACUUUUGGACAAUAUGAUUCCUCUGAAAAUAUAUGUUCCUUACAAGGUAAACUAAAACCGCAAAACUCUAGAAAUCUAAACUUUAUUUUCCUCUGGAUACAGUUUUAAAUAUAUUUUUUUAUUGAAACACAGAUUUGAAACCAAAGGAAGGGGAGACUCUUGAAAUGAACACGAUGCAAGAGGACAUAGCUAAGCUUCUUGACUGGGGAAGUGAUAGUGGAGAGAUCUCUAAUGGACAGUCAUCUGCUGUGACUGAUGAGAAUCUAGUUCUUGAUGUUCAUCAGUUCGCUUCACUAUUUCCGGCGGAUUCCACACCUGCAGCAAACGACAACAAUGAUAAUAAUAACUUCUCAUGGGACGACUUGGAUUGAGUCAGCUGGAAAAAAGAUUAAAAAGAAUAUACGGAUCAAGAUCAAGAAAAAGAUUGAUUUUAUUUUUAUCAUUAUAUAUUUUUACAUGUAUUUGUUGCAAAGUUCCAUUUACUAUUAAAUGCUGUUUCAUCCCUUAAUUUUGUGAUUAUGGAUACGUUCAUGUAUUUUUCUUCAAAAUCCUUCAUAUGCUGCUACUUUAGAAAGGAGUUAAUAUUUUCUCUUAAUUUAGUGGACGUCCAAUAAAUUAAGAUAUGACCCCUUUUCCCCGAACUGGCAAAAUCAUGAUCUGAUCACAACAUCCAAUCCUCACCCAAUGAUCGACGCUGACGUUAACGUUGACCUCGAUCGACCUUCCUCAUCCUUCACCGCGGCAGCAGCUAAAAAUAACUGAAAGGACGCUCUUGAGUAGAAGGCGGGAGAUAACAAAAUGAUCAUGAUCUGAUCAUAAAGACAUGUUUCUUGAAUCUUGACAGACAAGAAACUCUUACGGGGAUGUGGCAUUCGAAGCUUUGAGAUAAAUGAGUUAUUUUGUUGUAGUUUUUCGGAGGAAACAGCCAUUGAGACAUGCUCAUGGUUGAAGAUGCUCUUCAUGAUGGAUAUGAACCAAAGGAAGAAGCCCCAAAAUAUCUGCUGAAUGAUUCUUAGAUCUCAUGAUCUUUAACUACUUUUCUCUCUACAAUGUGUGAAGAUAUAUAUCUAGACUCAUGUUCAUGUAGGAUCAGGAAGUGUAAUUUCCUUCAUUUUCCAUUUAUUCAGGAGUUUUGGUUAUGAGCAAUGUCUCACUAUAAUGUAAUGAUUUUUUCUUCUUUUUUAACACCCAAUUUUCUGAAACAAUAUAUUUUAGAUAUUUUCCUCUUUAUAUAUUUGAUUUUUUACUUAUUUACGGUAACUAUACUAAUUUGUUUAUUCCACUCAUUCUCUUAUAACUUUCUUAGGGUCACACUAGACAUCAUUUACAAGCAAACAUAAUUAGAGAAAGACAACAUUUAUCAGCAAAGAAAAUAUAAAAAUAUUUCAACAAAGAAGCUUUGAGAUCCAACGUUUAUGUUUACUUCCAUAUAAACUCAAACCAUUUGCCAAAAGCAGCAGUGACAAAUAAAUAUAAGACAAGACUUACAAGUCUGUCUGAACAAAAGA